UAUAAAUAUAUAUAAUAUAAAUAAAUAAUAUAAAAUAUAUAAUACACGUAGACUGAGGGGAUACUAUAGGCAACUAAAUAUUUCUUUUGUGAAAAUAAGUGCCUUCAUGAAGCUUACAUUUUUCAGUGGGGAAAGUGGAUACUGGCAACAAAUAAUUGAAUAUAUACAGAAAGAUAAAACAGAUUCAACAUUAUAGUAAGCACUCGAGAUAAGGGAAGGGAUGCCAUUUAUAGGAUGGUCAGGGAAAGUCUUUCCAGUGAACUUUUGAGAAGCAAGUGAGACACUGAAACACAAAACGUAAAAGCAGUUCAGGUCAUGAGAAAUACAAAUGCAGUGGUCCUGCAUUGAGAGUGCUUGGUGAGUUCACAGAACAAGAAAAAUCCUCAUGGCUGGCAUGGAGGAAGGGGAAAAGCAAGUGUCCCCGAUGACAUUUGAAAAGAACAGGGGUCCUGACUGUGAAACACGCACAGGCCACUGCAGGGACUAAGCUUUUAUGGGGAGGGAGAUUAGAGACCCUGAAAGUUUUGAACAGAGAAAUGACCCAACCUAAGUUAUAUUAUCAGGAUUGUUAUUGUUACUUUGUGGAAUACUAUAUGAUAGAGUGAGGCUGAGAAGCAGAGAGAGCAGUUUAAAGCCUUCUGCAGUAAUCCAGCCUGGAUACUGCUCCCUCCCUCUACUUCUUGGCUAGGUGCUCAUCUUGCUCAGGUCAACACCCCUCUUGUCAAGUACAGUGUCUAGUACAACAGUGAUGGUUGAAUGAAGCCUUUAGCAAUGGCAACUAAAAUAGCAGUCACCUGUUGGACUAGAGGAAGAACAAUUCACUUGUCCAUAUAGAAACACAUUCUAUGGUAAGUCAUGUCUCUGAGAUAUAGAAGAAAUGCAAAUGGAAGGAGACACCAUUUCAAACCUUAGUUCACCAAGAAUAUCUGCUUUGCCUGCUGCCAGUUUCAUUGAAACCUAUAAGCAAAUCCAAUUCUUGUUUCCACUCCCACCAGUCCAGAUGGGCAUGCAAAACUGGACCCUAUCUGGUUGGAAAACUGAGACCCCAUUUCAUUUGCAUCUCUGAUGCUAUACUGUGGUCCUCUGGGGAGACUGCUGUACAGGAACACCUGGAUUUAGGAAGCGCUUCUCCAUUAUUCCAAAGAGUAGAACCAGCAGUCAUCGACCCUCAUAAUGAGCCUUCACGUGUAUCCAAGAAACAUUCUAAAGCAACAAAAUCCCUCAAAGAUUCUUGUCAGGGCUUUUAGUGUACCCACUUUGGGACAUAACUAGGGGAAGAUCUGAGUGUUUUGUAAAGGAAAGUCCUGAUUCAGAAUGUACUCUUGCCCUCUCUGCUGAGUAGUGUCUGAGUUUUAAAUGAACCAGUCACCAAGAGAAGCAUCAUGUUGACUCUGACUCCUGUCUUAACUGUGUCCUAUAAAGCCAAUUCAUUUCUGUUCCUUCCAAUCUUGGAGUUUGCAGUGGGGAUCUUGGCCAAUGUAUUCAUUUUCUUGGUGAACUUUAGAGACAUGGUAAAGAGACAGCCACUUAGCAACUGUGACCUUGUGCUGAUGUGUCUGAGCAUUUCCCGGCUUUUUCUGCAUGGGCUGCUGUUUCUCGGAGCCAUCCAGUUUACUUUCUUCCAGCAGAUGAAAGACCCACUGAAUCACAACUACCAAACUGUCAUUAUGCUGUGGAUGAUUGCACACCAAGUCAACCUCUGGCUCAUCACCUGCCUUAGUCUCUUGUAUUGCUCCAAGAUUGUCCGUUUCUCCAACACCUUCUUCCUCUGCUGCACAGGCUGGAUCUCCAGGAAGAUCCCCCGGUGCUCCUGUGUGCUGUUCUCCUGCACCUGCAUUGUCCUCUGUUUAUGGAACUUUUUUAGCAUAUCUCACUUCACAGUCACAGAUGUUAUCCAUGAACAAUCCGAACUCAAUUUGCCAAUUACAAAACUCAAUUUCUUGUAUUCAUUUAUCUUCUGCAAUGUGGGAUUUAUCUCCCCUUUCCUUUAUUUUCUAGUUUUUUUAGGGUUCCUGGUUAUCUUCCUGAGAGGUCACAUGAGAACAAUGAAAUCCCAAACCAGAGACACACCUCCAGCAGAGGCCCAUAUCAAAGCCCUCAUACACUUGACUGGCUUCUUUCUCUGUUUCUAUGUGGUAUGGUUCUGUGCUGCUCUCAUCUCACUGCCCUUACUGAUACUGUGGCACAGCAAGGUUGGGGUGAUGAUUUGUAUAGGAAUGAUGGCAGCUUGCCCCUCCGGACAUGCAGUCAUCCUAAUCUUGGGAUGCCAAGCUGAGGUGGCAGUGAGGACUAUUCUACUCUGGGUUCAGAGAUGCCCAAAUAUAAGGACAGACCACAAGACUGUUUUCUGAGAGUGGGCAUAAAAAGAGGUUUUCAUUAAUGCAUCUCUGAUUCUUUAUGAAGCCUUGAAAUUCCUUCUAUAAAAAUAACUGGAAGUCUUCUA